AUGGAGGGGCAAGCUUCACUGACCAAAAGGAACCUCAGUUCCCCAGAAGUAAACAAAAGGGCCUGUGUUCCACUAUCCCCAAUCACUCGCCUUUGUACUGGGCAUUCCACCCUGGGACUCCAUUCCCUUCUUUCUGUGCUCUUCCUCUUUAUGACUAUAAUCCCGAAAGCAAGGCCUGGUGUUAUUUCGGGGCAGAAACAGUGUGUCCUUUUGAAAGGGGUGUCCAAGGACGGAGGCUGCGCCACCACAGACAGUACCACUGCUGAAUGCAAUGAUGAGAAAAAGUGUUGUACGAAGUGGUGGGUGCUCCUUCCCUACCCAACCACGGCUCCCAGAGCAAAAUAUCCUUAG